AUGGAGGGCCAGGGGCAUAGCCCGACCUCGUCCAUCCGAUCUGCAGGGAUGGAUUCCCAUCGAUCGCGAUCGUUUCCUUCGAGGUCGCCUGAUGACUCCGACUCGUUCCCUGUUAAUCCUUUGUCGAUCGCGGUGGUUCCUCGGAACGGUGAUCAUCGACCGGAAAGACGGCGGACGGUGGGGUCGGUAGGCUGGGACGUGCACUAUGGGCACAACCUGACAGACAAGAACUCCUUUGAGCAAUUUACUACCCCGAGCCGACGCUCAAAGAGGGAAGGGAAGCCAUCAGUGGUGUUGGUUUCCCCAACCUAUCAGAAAUCAGAAAGAGCCGUGGGUUUGGUUGAGGUGCGCCCUCUCCAUAUUGAGGGUAGGACGACACAGGAGGGAGGAUCAGCGCAGGGGAAAUCGUCACCAUGUAAGAAUUCGUGCUUGAGCAACAAUACUACCCACGACGCACCCUACUUUAGGACUGAUUUGGAUCAUGUGGGGAUACCGCAGCCAAUUUCUUUGGAUGAGCAUAGUUUGCAUUCUACGCAGGACAGCUUCUGUAGUUCUGUCCAGACACUGGAGAGACGGGUGGGGAUGUCAUCUUGCUCUUUUGAUACAUCGGCCAUGGUGGAGGACGACAGCUUUACUUUUGGGAGCAGGCAUCGCGCCGCAAGACGGCGAGAUACUUGGCAACCACGAUUUCGUCUUGCCCGCGUGCUCUCCUUAUCGCGGCGUAGUUUUUUUAUCUCGCCCAAUAACAAUGAAACGAAGAAAGGACACGGCGAUAACCGUCCCGCACGCAAUUCUAGCCCUGAUCCUUUCGAAGGAACUUCGAUUUCUCAUGUGGGAGGUCAGCGAUGCCGUGCUGAGCUGUUGAAUCGCUGCAGUAGAUUCAUCAAGAAUCGUGCUCAGAAAUCAACUUCGAUAGAUGAAGAUGACACUUGUAGCGAAGCUGAUUCCGUCUUAAGUUCUGGGGGAGGUUACAUUCAAUUCUGUAAUGAUCCUCUACAUAAAGACACAAGUUCCUUACCCUUGUCAGUCCAUAAUAUGUUUAUACCGAUACUUCCGAAAUUCGCGCGCAUUUAUACCCCAGAUGAUUUAGAACAUCUUAGGAGUGGUGCGGAAGCUGCCAGAAUGAAGGAGGUCUCAAGGACAGUUCUUAGCAACGACUUGGAUUCUGUUGAUACCUUCAGAGCUAACGACAAAAGUAGGGCAUUCCUCCACUUAUCAUGUUUCCUUCCAGACGAUCAAUGA